AAUAAGAAAUCUAUUUCACAUUAUAAGACGUAUUCAAUUUAAACGGUAUACAGAUCGGAGUUUUAGAAAUACCUGUAAAACAAACUACAAGGAAUAAGCCGUAACAUUUUAUAGUCGGAAGAAUGAAAAACUAUGGUGUCGUUUUAGUUCAUGCCUUUACAGUUUAUAUAGUGGCCUCUGUUGACCCGGAAGUAGUUACAACACACGGACGAAUCCGAGGCUUUGAACAGACAUCAUACAGUAACAAAAUUGUUUCUACUUUUCUUGGAAUUCCCUUUGCUAAGCCACCUAUUGGAGAUUUGAGAUUCAAACGACCGGAGCCGUUACAAAACUGGUCAGAUACGAAACAAUGUAAAGUACUUCCAAAUUCUUGUCCUCAAAUAAAGUUUCACACGUUUAAUAAUACUGCUGGUCAAAUUGGCGAAGAAAUGUGGAAUUAUAAUACAAAUAGUAGCGAAGAUUGUCUUUAUUUAAAUAUAUGGAAACCAAAAACAACCUCAGGGAAUAAGUUGUCAACUCUUGUAUGGAUAUUUGGUGGUGGGUAUAUUUAUGGUACAUCAACUCUUGACCUUUACGACGGAACUUAUUUAUCAGCAUACGCCGAUGUAAUUAUUGCAUCGAUAAACUACAGAGUCGGUCCAUACGGGUUUUUAUAUAUGGGUAAUUCUGAAGCGCCUGGGAAUGCAGGACUUUUGGACCAAGUUGUUGCCCUAGAAUGGAUUUAUAAUAAUAUAGACUAUUUUGGUGGCAGCAAAGAUUCUAUAACUAUUUUUGGCGAGAGCGCAGGAGCUGCAAGCGUUUCUUAUUUAAUGGCGUCAGAUUUAUCGAAGAACUAUUUUCAACGAGCAAUUUUACAGAGUGCUUCGUUACUUUCCACGUGGGCAUAUCAAACACCAGACGUUGCGAUGGAAUACGCCCAUCUUUUAGCUGAUGAAGUUUCUUGUGGAGGAAAAUCCGCUUUAGAAACUGUUCAAUGUUUACGACAGGCUUCAACAGACGAUUUAACUAAUAAAGCAUGGAAUCUUCCCAUGACCCAUGUGCAGUGGCCUUUUGCACCUACGCUCGAUAAUUAUUUUAUUCACAAGAGUCCUACCGAGAUUAUGAAAACUGAUUAUUUUGCAAAUAAAGACAUUUUAUUUGGUUUCAAUAGAGAUGAGGGAAGUUUUUUCCUUUUAUACUAUUUAAUAGACAAAAUGAAUUAUCCUGCUAGUAAAAAUAUGAGUCGGAAGAAUUUUAUAGAGGAAAUUCCAAAUAUAGUAUCACUCGACGGAUUGUCUCUUAUUAACGGUGACAAAGACAGAUUGCUUUUUGAUGCAAUGUUGUUAUAUUACAAUGCUUGGAGUAAUGUGACUACGUCAGACUACUACUUCGAUGUCUUAGAUGAUAUAGCGGGAGAUUUUAAUUUCAAAUGUCCAGUAGCCGAAUUGGCCGAACUACUUAGCCGUUACCCUAACAGAAACGGGACACUUUAUGGCUACUAUUUUAACCAGUUAACAUCAGCACGUGAUUGGCCAGAGUGGGCCGGUGUUUUACAUGGGGAUGAAGUAGAAUAUGUAUUCGGAGUGCCUUUAAAAUUAAUCGACCGUAAAUACAGCAGCAAUGAACAGUUUUUGUGUCGAAAUAUGAUGGAUUAUUGGACAGAUUUUGCAAAAACCGGACACCCGGAGAUUCAAAAAUGGAAGCAGUUUACUUCAGAUAACCAUCAGUACGCUUUAUUGCAAGGUGGGAGAGAGAUUGCUAUGGAAACCAUAGACCUAACUAGAACGUGCCUGUUCUGGUCACAGUAUAUACCACGGUUAAAAAAUGCAUGUAUACCUUUCUGGGAUCUGCUUUUAAUGAGCUUGAAGCCACUACAUUGAAUACCUGUGUGAACUAUGGAAGCAGACUUUACGUAUCUAUGCACAGUUUAGCAGUAACCUUGACCUCUCUAUGGAUGUAUUCACGUUUAUAUCAGUGAUGAAAAUUAGAACAUAGCUACCUCAAAACUAAUGAAAAUAAUUCCAUCGAAGUGCAUUCCUCAUGAAACAUCAAUAACAAGUGCCUAACAAUGCAAAUUUCUCUCUAUAUAUGAGCUGCGUCGGAUAGAAAUCGACCUUAUGCAAAUGAGUGUCAAUACAUCUGUUAACUUAUUUCGGGUCAAAAAAAUUCCUGUGCAAAGUCUAUAACUGUUUAAAAAUUGAGUUGAUAUAAGAACCCUACAAAACCGACCCUAAUUCAUCUUUUGUUUCGUAUUUGAAUGUUCGAAAAUCAAUCAAAGUCUUAUACAUGUACAUGUAUACGUGCACUUGCAUAAGGUCGAUUUCUAUCCGACGAGGCUCAUAUAUAAAAGCAGCGUGCAAUAUAAAGCGGUAGAACAUGCAUAUGUGCUACGUGAUCUGUCAUUUGUCGUGUGUAAUAAAAAAAGGGUUUUCCCCAGUCAGCAGCGAGAACAACAACGAUGUCAACGAAUACGUUUCAAACAGUAGCUUUCUGUAGCACGCUUUUCAUGAUGAAGUUAUCUGGUCUCAUGAAAUUAAAAAAAAUGUGACUUUAUGUUUAAACUUUUGAUCCUUAGCACAAACAUUUCCUGACCGCAAUAUUAAAAAAUGAAUUUAUCUGAAGCAUGAUAUUGAAACAACAUGUUGUCAUGCAUAUAAAGCAAUAUCUUGUCAUUAGUCUGUUCUUCAGUAAUUUCUACUAUUCUCCAUCAAAAGCCUUUUUGGGGUAUGUAACAUAUCUUGUUCUCACCUAAGUUAAAACAUUUAUUUUUGGUCCGUUUGUUUUAAUAGUUUUUAAAAAUUUAUUUUGGUUUUUAUCAUACCCUUUGAUUGUUAUUCCAGACAAAUACGUCAUGCACCAGUCUUAUAUGAAUCAUUAUAUUAUUCUCAAUUGUGGUACUAUUUGCGGUCAUGUGGUACUAUUUGCGGUCAUGUGGUUAAGUACAUGUUCAGAAUUUCUUCUGGUACAAUAAAAUCGUUAUACAUUUUAUUAAAGAUUUGUUGCAAUUCAAACUUUUAUACAUGUUUUUUUUCAAGAAUAAAAACAGAAAAUCAUCCAAAACUUGAUUUGUAUAUAACGAUUUAAAAAUUUUUUUUUGCAAUCAUUGAUUGGGGUACGAACGUCCAUGGAAUACGGCGUUAAACUUUAUUUCAUCGUUUGUUUUUGAAGCAAUUGGAUUAGUAAACAAUUUUAGUAAAAUGUUUACAGGCUUUUUUUUUAUUGAACAGUAAAUUAUCAACUUAAUCAACAUAAAUUAAAAGAAAAACACACACAAUUAAGACAAGGAGAUUAUGUAGUUAUAGAACCAUUCUCGUUAGCUACAAAAAUGGUAUAAGUUUAAAAACUAAGUAACUUUCAGUCAUCUGUUUUCACUUAAUUCUGCAAAUAACGAUGGAAGUUUAAAAGGGAAGUAACUCCAUAAUAAAUGCAUUUUGCGCAGGACAGCUAUUUGCAGGCUUUUGAUAUGAUAACUCGUUACGAUUGCAUCGCAUUUUUUGUAAACUUUAAAUUAGUCCUUAAGGUUUUUUUCCUCUAUUGUUUUAUCUAAAUACAUUGUGUAUUGGUUUAUCUAUUUAUAGUUAUUGAUAUAUUAAUUGUUUAUAUCUUAUUAUAAUCUUUUGUUUGUAACUAAGUGUAAUUAUUAUAUUCUUAGAUAAUCAAACAUUGAAACAGUGUAAUUUGGCCCGACUUGCCAUUUAAUUUUUGCACUUGGGGACAGGACAAUUUUUUUUUAGCCCUCCCCUUUUUUCCAAAAUCCAUUAUUUUUUUGUUUUCUUUCAAUUUUUCAGUGACCGCUGUGGAUAGUUUUUAUUUCAGUGACCGCUGUUUGUAGUUAACUAUGAAUUGUUAGUCAGUAGCAAAUUCAUGUUAUUUCUAGUAUAAUUAUGUUAAUAUAAUACCGAAAAACGCGAAAACAAUUGCAAAGAGAGUUCAAAUGACGAAGCUAUAAUCUUGUCCGAGAUAGAUGCUGGUUUGUCGUUGCUCAGUCUAUGUUUAUCUUAUAUUUUGAUAUGACGUUCUUCUUUCGCUUUGGAAACAAAGCCAUGUUCUUAUUCCAAUAGAACAUAGGCUGCAAGGUUUUUUCGUUUUUGCCUUGUUAUUGUCGGUUUUGCUCGAUUUAUGAUUUUGUAUUUUCCCUGUUGUGUCUUCUGCACUUUUUGCUACAUAAGACCUCUUUACUUCCAAUAUCCUUCCUACUGAAGACAUCUUGAACUUUGUAAAAUCGACAUUAUAAAUAUUUUUGCUCUCCAUAGCUUCUCAUUACAUCCAAUCAGUAAUAGUUGCCAUCAAGGGAAAUAACUCGUAUGACAUUAUGAUCUUGUAAUCAAAUUCAGGGUUUCGGAAAUAUUUUUGGAAAGGUCAAUAGUGAAGAAUCAGAAAUGCAAUGUCCUCUGAUAGAAGGUAAAUAAAUUAUAGCAUUAUAAUUGUCUGGUAGAGAGAGAAGAAUAUUAAAUUCUUGAAGCAAUAAAAUGUCAUAAAAACAGAUGAUAAAAUGCGAUAGUUUCAAUUUUCCUAAGAUAGCUUUCAUAUUUCAUAAAUAUAAGAACGUUUUGCAAAAACUAAAGCAAAAUUCCAAUUCAAAAUACAAAAAAAAUCCUUGAGGAAAUCAUAAACCAUGUUAAACAUUUAAGGCCAAAAACAUGGAAGAAAAUGUAUUUCUUGGUACCACUAAAAUAAAAUUAUUAAGGAUGACUUUGUUUUGUACUUAGGUGAAAUUAAAAAAAAUCUAAAAUUUAAAAUUGAUACUUUAAGUCAGAAUAGCAUUCGUUAAGGAACAAAAUAAGAUAAAAAUAUUGAUAGGUUAUGGAACUCUUUUUUAAAAUAUUUGAUUUAUAAAAAAUGGCGGGAAAAUGCUGACUCGGACUUUUACCUUAUAUUUAGCAUUGGCAUUAUUUGGGUCUCAAAUCGUACUGAAGUCUUCUAUGAAAAGAAGAGCGGGUGAUAUGGGGCAAAAUAUUUUACCCUGUAUCGUAGGAAAAAAACAAAGAAGUGCGAACAUCUGACACAAAUUCAUAAACCUCACCUAAGUACAUCCUUAGAGCAUAUUUGUCAUAUACAUUGCCAAAACAUUUUAUUUGGUUGCUUUUCGGAGUUUUUCAAACAUUUCAAAUUUACUAUUUUUCAGUUAAGUGUGAAUACUUUUUUAUUUAUUAUCAACUAAAUCACAAACGGGCAUAAAACAGUUUUGUAUAAUCAUAUUAAAAUGACCACUGAGGAUAUGUUGUUAGGAAUGCAGCAACCAUUUAACUUUAAGGGUCAAGGAGAGGGGUUAUAUUUAUAAACAAAUUUCUGCUGUUCGAUUUUUUUCAAAGAUGAAGUUGAUUUACCUUAAAUUGUAAAUAAAUAACCAUGCAGACGUUGUCUUGAAUUUAAUCAUUUAAUCCCAAGAUAAUCUCAUAAACAAUGUGCCCCUCUACAAAUAUCUGGCUCCAUCAUUAACAUUGCAUGAUUUUUUUUUCAUCCUUCCGCGACUUUUAAUCAUAAUGAUACUUUGUAUAUAUUCAUUGAUUUUUACCUUUAUAUUAAGUUAUAUUAAGUAUGAUCGUUCAAUAUGAUGUAAAGAAUUAAGUUAAAUCCCAAUUAAAACUUUAUUUAUUUA